AUGAGCCUCUUAAUCUGGUCAUUCCACAUCCAUGAGCCUCUUAAUCUGGUAAUGUCAUUCCACAUCAAUGAGCCUCUUAAUCUGGUAAUGUCAUUCCACAUCCAUGAGCCUCUUAAUCUGGUAGUGUCAUUCCACAUCCAUGAGCCUCUUAAUCUGGUAAUGUCAUUCCACAUCCAUGAGCCUCUUAAUCUGGUAAUGUCAUUCCACAUCCAUGAGCCUCUUAAUCUGGUAAUGUCAUUCCACAUCCAUCAGCCUCUUAAUCUGGUAAUGUCAUUCCACAUCCAUCAGCCUCUUAAUCUGGUAAUGUCAUUCCACAUCCACAAGCCUCUUAAUCUGGUAAUGUCAUUCCACAUCCAUGAGCCUCUUAAUCUGGUAGUGUCAUUCCAUAUCCAUGAGCCUCUUAAUCUGGUAAUGUCAUUCCACAUCCAUGAGCCUCUUAAUCUGGUAAUGUCAUUCCACAUCCAUGAACCUCUUAAUCUGGUAAUGUCAUUCCACAUCCAUGAGCCUCUUAAUCUGGUAAUGUCAUUCCACAUCCAUGAGCCUCUUAAUCUGGUAAUGUCAUUCCACAUCCAUGAGCCUCUUAAUCUGGUAAUGUCAUUCCACAUCCAUGAGCCUCUUAAUCUGGUAAUGUCAUUCCACAUCCAUGAACCUCUUAAUCUGGUAAUGUCAUUCCACAUCCAUGAGCCUCUUAAUCUGGUAAUGUCAUUCCACAUCCAUGAGCCUCUUAAUCUGGUAAUGUCAUUCCACAUCCAUGAACCUCUUAAUCUGGUAAUGUCAUUCCACAUCCAUGAGCCUCUUAAUCUGGUAGUGUCAUUCCACUCCACAUGUGUUUUGAACCCACCUACCUCUCCCACCACCGAUGCACUCCUCCCCCUCACAAACUAUUGUGACCACAGUCUCUGCAUCCCAAAUGGCACCCUAUUCCCUAUGUAGUGCACUACUUUAGGGCCCUGGUCAAAACUAGUGCACUAUAUAGGGUGUCAUUUGGGAUGUACCCAGACACACACAGACCACAGACGAACUCCAUGCUCCUUUUAAAUGACCACAGACAGAGCAGUCUGUUGACCACUGCACUUUACUCACCAUCAGCCAGGCAGGCCAAGCUAAGCGAUCACAGAUCAGUGCAGCACCAGGCAAAGCUAAGCGAUCACAGAUCAGUGAGGCUUCGCCCCAUGUCCUGAGUCAUGCUAAUACAAAAACAGCUCCUCUCCUACACGAAUCUGCAUCCCAAUAAUCUGUCCUUUCUCCUGACGGGUUGCACUUGUGCACUCCGUCACAAAUGUAAAAGUCUUGAAUAGGCAUGGGCUUCACCGUGUUUUUAUACCAGUCAUUUGCUUUUAUACCAUGAUAAGAAGUGAACAAUUUGGUAGAAAGCAACGAUUAUCGGGAUGCAAAGGACUCCCUCCUUAGGUUUCUAUUGGGUAGGAAGGAGGGGGAGGAUGGAGGGAGGGAGGGAGGUGAGGUAUCGCCGCAGACCUGAGGGUCAAAGAUCAUUGCACAAUAUUAGAGAGACUUGCUGUUCUGUAAAAACAUAUAUGCUAUGCAUUGUUUAUUAUUAUUAUUAUUAUUAUUAUUAUCAUGAUAAAUAUUAUUUUCAUAUUUUUCCAUUUAUCUGAUGUCAAUCUCUCCCACUUUGAAAGGGAGGCAAAUUGUUGGUUAUGUAUAUUAUAUUAUAAAUAAUAUUAGUUUUGAAUGAAUAAUAAUAAUAACCUUCAGAAGUGAAUUCCAUGUAGUCUUCUUCCCCCACCAUGUUGGUCUAAGAUAUUACAUGGAGGAUGGCACUUAAUAAAGGAUGUGUGUGUCUGUA